GUAAAUAAGUUGACCAGCAAAUGAGGCGAACUUGGGAGUUUCUAAGACCUCUUCUCCAGUCACCUAAGAUCGAGUCAUUCCGCCGUAUUUCCCCGACAGUCUCUCCGGUACCAAUGGCAGUUUCUAGAAUGCGACAUGAAUCGGUGAGAAAACGGAAAUUUCUUUGUAACUCCAUAUUUUUCUGUGAGUCCGUAGCUGAAAUCCGGCAGGAAUCGUGGAAAGCUCGAAUUUUUGGUUGUGGGUGGAAGAAAGCUCGGAAUUUACACUGUCAUACAACUUUUUUCUGUGAAUCGUAGCUUUGGAGAUGUUGAAGCUUGAAGCUUGAGCACUAAAUAUGAUAGCAGAAGCUAUAGGUUGGUUUCUUCAUCGUUGCUCGAGGAUGAAGGAUUUGUGUUAUGGGAUUUCCCUUCACGCUCGUGUUGUUAAAGUGGGUUUCGAAGCGGACGUUGUCAUUUCAAAUCACAUCCUCAAUAUGUAUGCAAAAUGCGGGGGAACGAAGCUUGCUCGUAAGUUGUUCGAUGAAAUGUCUGAAAGAAAUCUUGUCUCGUGGUCGGCUAUGAUCUCGGGUUAUGACCAAGCCCGUGAGUAUUCACUGGCUCUCGAGCUUUUCUCGAAUCUGAGGAUUGUGCCCAAUGAAUACGUAUACGCUAGUGUCAUUAGUGCUUGUUCCAACCUUAAGGAGCAUGAGAUGGGGAGGCAAAUCCAUGCUCAUUCUCUCAAACAUGGAUACGCACCAGUUUCAUUCGUUUCUAAUUCUCUCAUCUCGUUCUACAUGGGAUGUGGAUGCUCUGGCGAUGCUUUAUUGGUUUAUCAGGGGAUGUCAGAACCAAAUCUCGUGUCAAACAAUGCCUUGAUUGCUGGGUUUGCAGAAAACAAGAUGGGGGAGAAAGGAUUUGAAGUGUACAGAUCUAUGUGCCAUCAGGGGAUAACGCCUGAUCGUUUUACUUUUGUAGGAUUAUUGGAGAUCUGUACUAACACGGGAGAUCAACGUAAAGGCAUUGCAUUUCAUUGCCAGACAAUCAAACUCAAACUUGACUCAACCCUGUUUAUAGGUAAUGUAUUGAUCACAAUGUACUCAGAGUUUCGUAUGCUAGAACAAGCUGAGAAGGUGUUCUUAUCGAUUGUUGAGAAAGAUGUUGUCUCCUGGAAUUCUUUUAUUUCUGCUUGUUCCCAUUGUGGGGAAGAGGAAAAGGGUUUGAGUGCUUUCAGAAAGAUGUUUAGUGGUGCGGAUGUUAACAUCGAUGAAUUCACUUUUGCCAGCGUCCUAACGGCAUGUUCUGGGCUUACUUCAAUCCACAAUGGCAAGCAGAUCCAUGCCCAUCUAAUAAGGGCGAGGCCAAACCAAGAUGUGGAAGUGGAGAACGCACUCGUUAACAUGUAUGCUAAAUGUGGAUUUAUCGGCUAUGCUUGGGCUGUUUUCAACAGAAUGAACCAGCACAGCCUUGUCUCAUGGAAUACCAUGAUUGCUGGGCUAGGGAACCAUGGCCAGGGAAGCAAAGCUCUAGAGCUUUUCGACGAAAUGAAGAACAGAGGACCAGAACCUGACUCAGUGACAUUCCUUAAUGUUCUGACAGCUUGUAAUCACGCAGGACUGGUGGAGAAGGGCUUGAAUCUGUUCAAGUCAAUGGAAGAAACAUAUGGUAUCUCCCCAAACGUCGAACACUUCUCCUGUCUGAUCGAUCUGUUGGGUCGGGCAGGUAGAUUACGAGAAGCGGAUGAAUACAUGAGGAAAAACCCGCGAUUCUGGAAUGACCCGGUCGCGUUGGGAAGCUUGCUUUCGGCUUGUAGGGUGCACGGAGAGAAGGCUAUUGGCGAACGGUUGGCCAAGAAGCUUCUAAGGUUUCAUCCAACGGGUUCAGCAUCUCCUUAUGUUAUGUUGUCAAGUUUGUAUGCUUCAGAUGAGAUGUGGGACGAUGCUGCAGAGGUGAGGGAGAUGUUGAAGGGAAGUGGACUGAAAAAGGAACAUGGUUUGAGUAUGGUUGAUGUUGCAGGAAGAUUUUUUUACAUUUCAGGCGGAGGCGGAGGGGGAAUUCGCUGUCGACUGAUUUCUUUUUCUCUGCUGUUUCAUCCGUACGCCGUUUCGCAGCCUGAUCCCAGCGUUUCCGCUCUCAAUCCCGCCCCCAGGAAAAAAAGGAAUUCAAUUGAUUCGUUUUGUCGAGAGAAAGUUCUGUAAUUUAAUUCGCAAGUUC